AGCGCAGAGCCUGCCAGCAGGGGCAUGCCAGGAGUAUGUCCUGUGUGCCACUGUGGACUCCAAAAGACACAGAAACCCUUUUAAGCAAACUGAGGAUCUACCACCAGCUGCCUUGUCGCCAGGAUUCCCAAUCCCUCCGACCAUCAGCUGCACCAACUGCUACCCUCCCGGAGGCCUGCAGCCUGGCCUUUCUCCCCCGCCUCGGUGCCUCAGCAGCAGUUGCUGGCCAAAAAUAAACCCCCAUUCCUCAACCAUAUAUGUCCACUGGGCCGGAGCGGGGGAGGAGCUGCAGCCGCGGGCGGGCAGCUGGAUCGCAGCCCCCACGCACUGUCCUGGGCCACACUUUGCCAUGCACAUCACCCAGCUCAACCGCGAGUGCCUACUGCACCUCUUCUCCUUCCUGGACAAGGACAGCAGGAAGAGCCUGGCCAGCACCUGCUCAUGCCUGUGGGCUGUGUUCGAGGAGCCUGCCCUCUGGCCGUUGCUGCACUUUAGCUCGCUCAACGAGCUGCGCAAGGACAACUUCCGGCUGGGCCCUGCGCUGCGCAGCCUCUCCAUCUGCUGGCACUCCAGCCGCGCACAGGUGUGUGGCACUGAGGACUGGCGCCGCAGCACCUUCCACAGGACCCUCUGCAGCCGCCACGAGAGUCUGGUCAACGACUUUCUCCUUAAGGUGUGCGACAGGUGCCCCAACCUGGCGUCCGUCACGCUGUCGGGCUGCGGCCAUGUCACCGACGACUGCCUGGCCUGCCUGCUGCGCUGCUGCCCGCGCCUGCGCGCGCUGCGCCUCGAGAACUGUGCGCGCGUCACCAACCGCACGCUGGCGGCCGUGGCGGCGCACGGGCGCGCGCUGCAGACGCUGCACGUGGACUUCUGCCGCAACGUGAGCGCGGCCGGCCUGCACCGCCUGCGCGCCGCCUGCCCGCACCUGGCCCUGCGCGCCGAGCACAGCGCAGCCAUGAUCCCCGACCAGCCCCCGCGCCCCGCGGCCCCCCGCAAACUGCUGCCGCGCUGAGCC